UAUCUAAUAUUAUAAAAUUUGACACACAAUUAUUUUUUAAUAUCAUUCUGAUGAUUACUUAGAUCACCUUGUCCUCGUUAAGAUACUUUGUCUUGAGCAUAUAUUGUUGCUUCUUCGCUCCGCAAAUUCUCAUUAUGAAUGGUCCGUGCCGAUCCCGAAUUGGAUUUAAAGUUUUUUUUUUUUUUUUUCCUUUUUUUUUUUGUUGAAGUAUACCACAGGGUGAACUUUGAAGUGCGAGCUGCAUUCAAUCAUAUCUAAUAGGAUUUUAUUCAGCUACCGGCGAUGGCGGCGUCAAAACCGGUGAGCUGCAAGAACUUGGCGGCGGCGGUUUUGGAGGUAACGUCAGAUCCGCAAGAACAUCUCGAAGAUGGCGCCGGAAUAUCAACGUUGCAACCAAUGGAGAUAGCGGCCGUAUUUCCGCUAGUAUGGCAGUCUUCCAUAUACUCCCGUACACUGGACGAGAUACAGAACACCGUGUGUGUGCCAGGGAAGAACUUUGGCUCCAUGAACAUGGAUGAGUUCCUUACCAACAUUUGGAAUGUCGAAGAUGGCUUCGAUGCUUCAGGACCUGCCGUUCAAGCCCAAUACCCUGUCGAAGGUCAGCCGCCGCUGAACAGGCAGGGGUCUCUCUCUCUUCCAUCCCAGCUCUGCAGAAAGACGGUGGACGAGGUGUGGGCCGAGAUCCACCGCGAGCAGCAGAAUAUAGACCGCUUGAAACAGAACAACGGCGAAGCAACGCGGAAGCCUACUUUCGGUGAGAUGACACUGGAAGAUUUUCUCAUUAAGGCAGGGGUGGUCAGGAAAGGCAACGGAUUGACGGCUUGCGCAAUGGAGGCGAACGGAGCACCAGGUUUGGGCCAUUUGAACGAUGGAGGAGCGCUCGGAAAUGUGAGAAGAGGAGAUUUUUACUGCAAAACCGGUGAUGCUGGCGGUGGAUUGCAGUUGGGAAUGGUUGGGUCGCCGGCAAGCCCGCUGUCGGCGGAUGGGAAGGGGGGAUGCUACGGAGGCGUCGAUUCGUACGGAAUCGGAAUUGAUGGGUUUUCUGAGAAGGGAUGUGGAGGACGGAAGCGAAUGAUGGAAGGGAUGGUGGAGAAGGUCGUGGAGCGGCGCCAACGGAGGAUGAUAAAGAACAGGGAGUCUGCGGCAAGAUCACGCGCUCGAAAACAGGCUUAUACGGUGGAGCUGGAGACGGAGCUUAACAUCCUUAAGGAGCAGAAUGCCCGGCUAAGAGAAGAGGAGAGGAAGGCAAUGCAAAUAAGGAAGCAAAUGCUUUUGGAGGCAAUGGCAAAGCAGACACAUCACCACAUGGACAAAACUAGCCGCUCACUUCAACGAAGCAAUAGCAGCCCCUCUUGAAGAAUCACCUUCUAUGUAACGGAUGUUAGGCCAGCUGCGAGCCUUACUUUUUGUCCUGUUGGUAUAAAUAGCUGCCAACUUUUCUUAUCUAGUGAUAAAUUAGGAUUUAUUUGGGAUUAUUUUUUUAUUGUUUCUUAAUAUAGUUUUUAGUAUGAAAAUUUAACUUUUCAUACUAAAAAACUGAUUAAAAAAAUAGUAACAAAGUCAUCCCUACCGAAGCCUUAGAAUAACUUGUGUGUGUUGAGAUUUGUAGCUUUCCUACUGUUAUAAGAGGUGUUUGUAACAGCUACAGUAAUUAUAAUCCUACAAAAAAA